GAGGUAGAGAUGGCCUCUGCCUCCCUCCCUGGCCACUAGAGGUCCUCCCACGUCACUAAGGCUACGUCACACCCACGUCACUACUAGUGUUAUAGCCAAUGAUACCGAGGCUACGUAAUGUUAUUGCGAAUGUUAUAACAAAAAUCUAAAAACUCUUGCAUGAGUCACACUUAUUUGUGGAAAACUAAAGCCAGGUUACACAAUGAUAAAUAAAUCAGAAGCAGAAUUAUCACUGAUUCGUGUCAUGCAUUCAGAAUCUUCAGUGAUCUACCGACGACUCUCCAAAUUCAUGAUCGUCAUCUAAGAAAAACUCACAUAAUUCUACCAGUAAAAGAGUUUGGAUAUUUCGUCAUUACUCGUGCGUCACGAGCUUUACAUUUCUCCCGUGUGUGUCGUUAUUACUGGAGGUUUUCUCGACUAUACUAGGAGGGCGAUAUAGAGGUCAGAGAUCAACAGAAAAUGUAAUUCAUGUGUGCGAGGUUCAGCCACUUGUGUAUGAGUGAGUUAUCUGGAAUCCAAAAGCUAUAAAUAACAGGAAUUCAAAGGUUAUAAACUUGAAAUACAAGCCUGAAAUUUCCACUUGUAAUAGAAGACGUAAAAGUUUGAGAAGAGACAGAAAAUGAAUUUAAUCGCAAUAUUCACAUUUAGGUAACAACGAAUAAUACAAGUGAGGAGUGCAAAUAUCACAUGAAUCUUAUAUAAACGACCCACACCUGUACCUACUCGGGGUACUUUUAUAUACUCAUAAAAAGAUUGAAACAGUGACGUAAAUACAAAAAAAUUAUGCGCAGGGAAUCAUAGAAAAUCUAUUGUUAUUGAGAAACGAUACAAGACCUGUGCACUGACCAGAGGGAAGUACUGUCUCAUUGACCAGAGGAAAGUACUGCCACACUGACCAGAGGGAAGUAUUGCCACAUUGACCAGAGGGGGAAGUACUGUCACACUGGCCAGAGAGAGGUACUACCACACUGACCAGAGGGAAGUACUGCCACAUUGACCAGAGAGGGAAGUAUUGCUCCACUGACCAGAGAGGGGUACUGCCCCACUGAUCAGAGGGUACUGCCACACUGACCAGAGUGAGGUACUGCCACACUGACCAAACAGUGAUACUACCACACAUACCAGAGGGAAGUAAUGCCACACUGACUAUAGGGAAGUACUGUCACACUGACCAGAGCGAAGUACUGCCACACUGACCAGAGGAAAGUACUGCCACGGACAUAACAUGAAGCUAGUAAAUCAAGAAGUGUGUCAACAUAUAAACCUGUGAAAAAAAAAACAAUCGCGAAUGUUGUCUUUAUAAGCGAAAAGAACAUUUAGGGUUAAGGGUUAAAGAUAGUUGUGAAGGUAGCAGGUAGGCGAGAGAGAGAGGCUGGCUGCUAUAAGGUGUACUUUCCUUAACACCAGAUCAAGAGUGUGCGAGUGUAUAUUCAUGAAGUUAAAUUCCGGGACAGCUUCACUUAACAACCGGAGACUGGUGACUUGAACAUUGAAAAAUAACCAAAAAUAAAUUAUGUGUUGCGAUAUUUAUCUUGGUACUAACAUAAAUAUAUACAGACUUUAUAGAAACUAAAAAAAGUAAUUUGUACAGCCAACUAAAGCUCUCUGUCGAGUUCUAUGAGACGGGUAAUUAAACGCUGCAUAAAAUAUCACAGAAAACAAUGAAAAACGAAAAGUUGAUUUUUUAAAGAGUAAACGCGUAGAAAGGAGGAAGUAAGUGUAAGGAUUAUAACAAUUAACAUUACCAUUACCACUUAUGUUAAAAUUAAGUAAAUGGUUGGAGAGAGACUGGAAGGCAGUGACUACCAGUACAAAGAAAAUAAUACAUAAACAGAGAAAGUUUUUAAAGUGUGUAAAUCUUCAAAGAACAUCAGAGGAAAGAGAGAAAGACGACAGAGGAAACACCCAAAGAGCAGCUCGAGGAGGAGUCAAGCAGGGAGGCGGUGGGAGGAAGACCACUAAGAGGGCCAGCUCGUAUAGCCCGAGGUUGUGCUCCAGUAUGGCAGGUCCUCAAGGGAUUACGGCGGCGUGUGGCCUCCUGCUGGCGUUGCUACUACUCUCAGGUCACCAGGGGUCAUGCUUCAGUGUGGGUCCUGAACCUCAACGUAUAAUAGGCAUGGGCAGAAGUGGAUCCACCUCCUCCAGUAUGACCCACACCGUGAACCAAAAUAACAUGGGUCUUGGGAGUCACCAUGACAUGUCGAGUAGAAGUAACAACAGGCACCUCACACUCUACGGGAUUGAAGUGCCAGUCUAUAAGUUCCGUGGUGAAGAUGCCCAGUUAGAGUGCCAGUAUAAUGGUGGCACUGACCCUCUCUACUCCGUCAAGUGGUAUAAGGACGACAGAGAGUUCUACAGAUAUUUGUUCAAGAAGCCGAAACCCAAGACGACUUUCACCACUCCAGGCGUCAACGUUAACGGGAUUGCAUAUUUUGAUAUCAAUGGAGGCUCACAGUUUCCUCGUCCAGAAUCCCCGAGCACUGACGUCCACACUGGCUUUGUUGGUUGUGUAGGCAGUCCGGUGAAGGAAACACUCACCGUCCAAUGGGAGGAAUGUCAGUUUCACAGUGACAUCGAGGUGCUGCGAGGUCUCUUACUUCGUCGUGCCUCAUGCAAACGAAACCUCCCUUCCUGA